CAUCAGUUUCAUGAUGUGGCACCGGUGACGUCAUUUCGACCGCGUUGGAGCCGCUGAGAAAAGAAGUCUGACGUGGUGAAGAAACAGUCGCGUUCAAACUGCGGCACAAAACACACUUUCAACUGGACAGAGAGAAGAAAGAGUGAAAGAAAACAGAAGAAAACGUUAUUUUGACUCUGUUGAUGUGGGCUGGAGUUUGAGCAGGUUGAUAUCUUGAGUUGUGAAGUGCUGAAAGCUGCUGUGCUAAAGCGCUAGCUGCUGUUCCUGAUAGUUUCACUCAUCGAAUAAGUUUGACUUUCACACUUUUGUUGUUGUUUUCGAGCUGUUUUUAUCAUGGGUUUGACCAUUUCAAGCGUCUUUUCUCGCUUGUUUGGGAAAAAGCAGAUGAGAAUUCUCAUGGUUGGUCUGGAUGCAGCAGGGAAAACCACAAUCCUGUACAAACUCAAACUGGGAGAAAUAGUCACAACAAUUCCAACUAUAGGUUUUAACGUCGAGACGGUCGAAUACAAGAACAUUUGCUUCACCGUGUGGGAUGUGGGUGGUCAGGAUAAGAUCAGGCCUCUUUGGAGACACUACUUCCAGAAUACCCAGGGUCUGAUCUUUGUUGUGGACAGUAACGAUCGCGAGCGAGCACAGGAAGCAGCAGAAGAGCUUCAGAAGAUGCUUCAGGAAGAUGAACUGAGAGAGGCUGUUCUGCUGGUUUUUGCAAAUAAACAAGAUUUACCAAAUGCAAUGCCCAUCAGCGAGAUGACAGACAAACUUGGAUUGCAAUCACUCAGGAGCAGAACUUGGUAUGUCCAGGCGACCUGUGCGACUCAAGGGACUGGUUUAUACGAGGGAUUAGACUGGCUUUCCGAGCAGCUCUCCAAACGUUAAACUGCACUUCCUGUUCAAGCAGGAUGUGUGCCGUUCCAAAGGACAUGAUUAGUGGAGUUGAUCUGUCGAAGAAGCUGUUCAUGUUUGUUACCAAAAAUUCACCUGCCGAUGUCAAUCUCUGGCAGUGCAUUUUAACAUUUUAUUUUUUUGAUUCGUUGCAACUUUGACCUUGACUGACAUUUCUCCCAAAUUCAUUCCUCUUGAUGUAUGUAGCCAAAAAAAUAAUCUGUAGAUUUGACCACAGUAUGAAAACUACUACAUUAAAGGAGCUCUUGCAUUAGCCUAGGGUUUUUUGUUACAGUGAGUGUACUGCGGUACGCACUAGACACUGUACUUAAACAUCAGGCAUUGUUAAUAAUGAUAACUUUUGUGUAUUUAUAAAAAUGCUCUAUUUUUGCUCCCUCUAUUCAUUCAUUUUUUUUUUCUCCCAGGCUUUUGCAUGCCAUACAUCCAGGAAAACAUUCUCAGAGAAGCAUGCAUUUAAUUAAUAAAAAAUUGUUCUUAUAAUAGCACACUUAGAGAUUGGCAAUGCAUUGAUGUAAGCAUUAGUUUUAACGCUUCUAACAUGCAUAAGAUUAUAUUAGGAACUAGUCUGAUGUUGUAAAUAAGCAGCCUUUUUAUGUAUGUAAUCACAAUUGCCUUAAACACGCAUUACUAUAUGAACACACUUGCCCGAUCUGCUUUUGAUUUACCAUUUAAUUUGAGGACAAACUGUUCAAAAUGUUUUUAUUCCCAGCUUUUGAAAAUGCUAGUAAUCAUCUAGCAUUUCCCCUUUUUUUUAAAAUGCAUAAAAACUUUAUGAAUAAAAGUGUGAAAUAAAAGUCUGAAAUGCA